CAAGUCCUUAACAAUUCACACAGAAAUUACAGUUUUCUUCGAAUUUAAGCGUUUAAGUUAAACAAUAAACUUAUCAUCAUGGAUAUGGAUUACUCAAACGACUGGAGAAACGCUCACCACAGCACCGGUACUACGAUUAUGGCCGUGGAAUUCGACGGUGGAGUAGUUAUCGGAGCCGAUUCGCGCACCAGUACGGGAACAUACGUCGCCAACCGUGUGACGGACAAGUUGACCAAGCUGACCGAUAAGAUCUACUGUUGUCGCUCCGGAUCGGCUGCUGAUACGCAAGCCAUCGCCGACAUUGUGGCUUAUUCGUUGAACUAUCAUGAGAAUCAGACUGGCGAGGAACCACUGGUUUCGGACGCAGCCAACGAGUUCCGUCAGUAUUGUUACAACUAUCGCGACUCGCUGAUGGCCGGAAUCAUCGUCGCCGGGUUCGAUAACAAGCAGGGAGGACAGGUCUAUUCGGUUCCGGUAGGUGGAAUGCAGAUCCGCCAGAGUGUCACCAUUGGUGGCUCGGGAAGUUCCUACAUUUAUGGAUUCGUGAAAGAGCACUACCGCGAGCAAAUGCCCAAGGAUGAAUGCGUCGAGUUCGUCAAGAAGGCUGUUUUCCACGCAAUGUAUCAUGACGGAAGCUCCGGUGGCGUCUGCCGUAUUGGCAUCAUCACCAAGGAUGGUGUCGAGCGUCAAGUACACUUUGCACCACGGGAUUACGAGAAUGUGGCCGGUGUUCAGGGUCAGGCUGGUCCGUCGGUUUCCGUACGGGCCUAGGAGAGGAAUACAGAUUUUCUGAAGAAAUAAAUUUUGGUUCGGUAUAAUGAA